CUGGUAUUGCAUCACCGAAGUAAAUGAGACGGGGAUCAGGCCUCUCAUCCGGCAGUUAUAAAACUGGCUGCAAGGGUGUAGAGUGAUACUCAGUGACACGCGGUCAUGCCUCUGUGGGCUGGAGCAUCUCUGUAUGUGUUGCAGUUUGUGUUUUUGUUUUAGCUCAGGAAACAAAUACCAGGCACGCCUGAUGACCAAGUGUUUGUGUACGCUGCCAGGUAGGAACACGGCUCUGCCCUUUGGAAAGCGCCUGCAUACCCGGGUCCUCUUCCCAUCGGUCCGGAGUGGUGCAGGGGGGAAAAAUGAAACGGUUCUAACUUCAGCUGGGGGCUCGCCAUGGAAGACUCAGAAGGACAUCACUUCAGCUCAGUGGAAGAGGAAUCUAGAUACUGGAAGGAGCUGGCUAUGAAGUAUAAGCAGUGUGCUGAGAAUACGCAGGAGGAACUGCGCGAGUUCCAGGAAGGGAGUCGAGAGUAUGAAGCUGAACUGGAGGCUCAGCUGCAACAAACAGAGUCCAGAAACAGAGACCUUCUGUCAGAAAACAAUCGUCUGCAAAUGGAACUGGAGUCAGUUAAGGAAAAGAUUGAAAUGCAACAUUCAGAAGGCUACAGGCAAAUCUCCGCACUGGAAGAUGACCUGGCACAGACAAAAGCUAUUAAAGAUCAACUUCAGAAGUAUAUUCGAGAACUUGAGCAAGCCAAUGAUGACUUGGAAAGAGCAAAAAGAGCCACUAUAAUGUCUUUGGAGGAUUUUGAACAGCGUUUAAACCAGGCUAUUGAAAGAAAUGCUUUUCUGGAGAGUGAACUGGAUGAGAAAGAGAAUCUUCUGGAGUCUGUGCAGCGCCUGAAAGAUGAAGCUAGAGAUCUACGACAAGAGCUUGCGGUGCAGCAGAAACAGGAGAAACCCAAAACACCAAUGCGACCCACUGUGGAAACAGAAAGAACAGACAUGGCAGUGCAAGCAUCCUUAUCUGUGCCUUCAACCCCUUCGGUACACCGGGCACCCAACAUGAACAUAUCCACCCCUGGGACAUUUAGGAGAGGUUUUGAGGACAGUUACAGUGCAACCCCUCUCACACCUGCUGCCAGAAUAUCUGCACUUAACAUCGUGGGAGACUUGCUGCGGAAAGUAGGGGCUUUGGAGUCCAAACUUGCAUCUUGCAGAAACUUUGUGUAUGACCAGUCCCCAAGCAGAACCACAGUGUCCAUGUACAUGAACAGAGAUGUCCUUGAAACACGCCUGAGUCCUCACCAGCCUCUGUGUGAUACAGGGUUAGUGAAACGCCUAGAGUUUGGAACACGGCCUUCAAAUAUUCCUGGGUCAAUGGGCCAUCCCUCACAAGGUGUUGUCAAGAUGCUGCUCUGAAAAGACCGGCUGCCUUUGGAAAAGGAAAAGAAUAUAUAUAUAAACAUAUAUAUUUCAAGCUUUAGUUUUAAAGAGAAUACUAAUGAGCAACCAGGCAUCAGCGUAAGGGUAGGUGAGAACUGAACAAGAAGCUGCAAUUGGCGGUGGUCUCCUGUGGUCUUGCCUAGUGUGGCCUCUCAGCUGAGCUGUGUGACUGGCGUGAUGAAGCAGUGCUGCCUGCCAGCACAAUACUUUAAAUCACUUCCUAUGUCAAUAGCUGUAAAUAGCUCCUUGAAAGUCCACUGUCAAAGCCGGUGUCCUGUGGCAGAGGCAGUAUUCCCUGUGCAGCUCCUCAGGCUUUUUCAUUUUGUUUUAGUAUAGCACCAUGGUGUUAUACCUUGAAUUCUAGUUGUGCUGACUUUCUGGCUUGGGUGUUGUAUGUCUCAGUCACCCAGAUUAGAGGAGUGAGUGUGGUUUGUUUUUUUGUUUUGUUUUAUUUUAUUUUAUUUUAGUUUUAUUUGAUGGAGCCUGAGGUAUUUCUGUAGGGAAGCUGCUCAGCUCUUUGCAGGAUGUUUGUUGUCAAAAUCCUGCAACACAAAUUCCUGCCUCUGUAGCGAUAAGAUGGUUUGGUAAGCAAUGAUUUGCCAUUAAGAAUAGGUCACAGUUAAAGGUGAGGAAUGUCUAAUGCUUGGAGUACUUGGGAGAUCCCAGGAAUACAGCAAAGUCGGAGACUUUGCACUGGCUUAGCGUACAGACAUCCCAUUUUCAUGGCAUAUAAAGCCUGGCUGUUGUAGGAAGCAAGAGACCUGAUUAACUUGCUGGUUCUAACAUUUUAAUAGAUGGGUUAUAUUGCUUUCCAAACCUCCCUUUCUUAAUGUGCCUUGGUUAUUUGAGAGGCUUUUUAGUUUUAUUUUUGUUGUUUUUUUUUUUCCAUGUGAAUAUAUACUUUUGGCUGUUCCUCAUUUAGAGGCUUUUUAACCUGAAAAGUCCUUUCUGCUGACCAAGGGUAUCAGAAUACUGAGUUAUUUUUAAAUUAGAGUUCUUCCCUACCAGACAGUACUGCAUUUUGUUUAUUUUUUUUUUUCUUCUUUAAAUAGAGUGGGUUCACUCACAGUAUUAAUAUAUAUUACAGAAGCUGGUACUUGCAAUAAUCAUGGCCAAACAUCUUUUUGUUUCGGGGUGGGAGUUUACACAACAAAAGAACGCAUAAAUGUUUUGUUUUGUUUUUUAAGAAAAUGCUAUGAAAACAGUCACUGAUGCAUCUGUUUCUCUGGAAUAGGAAAUAACCACAGAUCAUUCCCAUUCUUCAUGCCAUCUACAAAGUUGGCUUACCUGGGAAGCAGAAUAAAGCUUAUUUUGAAUGCUA